UUUUUCCACACAGGUAAGAAAUAUGUGCCCCGGGCUGUCUUGGUGGACCUGGAGCCUGGGACCAUGGACAGCAUCCGAUCUAGCAAACUUGGAGCCCUCUUCCAGCCCGACAGUUUUGUCCACAGUAACUCCGGGGCCGGCAACAACUGGGCCAAGGGCCACUACACCGAGGGGGCCGAGCUGAUCGAGAGCGUGAUGGACGUGGUCAGGGGCGAGAGCGAGGGCUGCGACUGCCUGCAGGGCUUUCAGAUCGUGCACUCGCUGGGCGGGGGCACCGGCUCGGGCAUGGGCACGCUGCUCAUGAACAAGAUCCGGGAGGAGUACCCCGACCGCAUCCUCAACUCCUUCAGCGUCAUGCCCUCGCCCAAAGUCUCGGACACCGUGGUGGAGCCCUACAACGCCGUGCUGUCCAUCCACCAGCUCCUGGAGAACACCGACGCCUGCUUCUGCAUCGACAACGAGGCCCUCUACGACAUCUGCUUCCGCACCCUGAAGCUGACCACGCCCACCUACGGGGACCUCAACCACCUGGUGUCCCUGACCAUGAGCGGCAUCACCACGUCGCUGCGCUUCCCGGGCCAGCUCAACGCCGACCUGCGCAAGCUGGCGGUGAACAUGGUGCCCUUCCCGCGCCUGCACUUCUUCAUGCCCGGCUUCGCGCCGCUCACCGCCCGCGGCAGCCAGCAGUACCGCGCCCUGUCGGUGGCCGAGCUCACCCAGCAGAUGUUCGAUGCCCGCAACAUCAUGGCAGCCUGCGACCCCCGCCGGGGCCGCUACCUGACGGUGGCCUGCAUCUUCCGGGGCAAGAUGUCCACCAAGGAGGUGGACGACCAGCUGCUGACCGUGCAGACCAGGAACAGAAGCUGCUUUGUGGAGUGGAUCCCCCACAACGUCAAGGUCGCCGUCUGCGACAUCCCGCCCCCGGGGCUCAACAUGGCUGCCACCUUUCUAGGCAACAACACGGCCAUCCAGGAGCUCUUCAGCAGGGUUUCCGAGCACUUCUCGGCCAUGUUCCGAAGGAAGGCGUUUGUGCACUGGUACACGAGCGAGGGGAUGGACGUGCAGGAGUUUGGAGAGGCCGAGAGGAAUAUCCAUGACCUGGUGUCCGAGUACCAACAGAUUCAAGAUGCCAAGGUGGCUCUGGAGGAAGGCGGAGAGGUCGCGGAGUGGGAGGAGGCCGAGCCAGAAGACCAGCGACGUUAACGGGAGAGAAGCUGCAGGGCAGAUGCCAUCAGCUGGAGGGAGGGCACAGCCACUUCCGGAAGAGUUUCUCUUAAGAUGAGGGUUUUUCCUCCAGCAUCCGCAGCCUAUUCUGCACUGCAGACACCACUCUCUGCUUGGAGACAGGAGGGCUGGGGCGGGGUGGGGGGAGAGCUGAUAGGCCUGGGGUCUUCUGCUGACAUGUAGUCACCUUGAAGGGCUUGAUUGCCAGUGCACACUCUGUUAACUUUUCUUUUUUAGCCAAGUGAAUUGAUCGUGAAGUGCUCCCUUUAUUAAAAUAAAAAAAAAAAAAUGUCUUGGGUAUUCAGUGUUUGCAUAGGAGGGUGCCAGGCAUCGGACUAUCCGUGUGGAUUUGCGGGGAGCCACACUGCAGUUGACAUUGAUUUUUAACUCUUUAGCGCACUUAAUACACCCUGGAAUCCUGGCCUGGCACUCGGGGUGGCUGAGACCCUUGCCUUUGGCCCUCUCUUCUCCCCGAACACCACCCAGCCUCCUAUCUCUUGUGCUUGCUGGCCUCCGAAAAAGCCAGGUGACUAAUGAGUAGAUGGGGACCUGUGACUAACCUGCACGUGAGCCCACAGGUACUAGUAAAAUGUGGAAACCCUGUGGAGACCUCAGCACAUUCAGGGGACAAAGCAGCUGUCCUCGCCAUAAAAACACCUGGUCGCAAAAGAAAAAGCAAACAGAGAAAAGCAAAGCUAAAGAAGCACCGUGCUCUGAUCUUGAUUUCUGAAGAGUCAAGCUUUUAACAUAUGUAUUUGUGUAUUUUAAGUUUCUGAUCAGUGCUGGAAUCCAUUAAUGAUGGUCUUUGCCUUUCCUUUUACAGGCUCUGUUGAAAUGCCCUUUGCAUUCUCAUUCUGCCGUCACCCCCGAAAAUGCUCAGCAGCCUCUUUGCUCUUUGAGAAGGGGCACCCGGCUGCACUUGGCAAACAUUCACAAGUAGGAAUUCAGCAGCGGCGGCUGCAGUGUCCUUCCCAGGGAUGGAGGACGUGGUCUCAUUAGGGAACUUCUGCAGUUCAAAUUAAUUUGCAGAAGUUGCCAUGAAUGUUUGCACGAUGACACAGCUUUAGCCAUUACACGGUUUUAAUCUGCACACAUUACAACAGGACCAAAUACACAAGAGCAUAAUCAAAUCAUCCAUAACUUCCUAAUUACAGUUUACCUAGUUUUGACGCACAGCACUGCCAUGCCUUGCAGGUGCCCUAAGGGUUUUAACAGCCUUUUAGAAUUGCCACUAAGCUCUAUGAUUCCCUCCGUGGUAGCCAGUAACGGGGAGAGGGGAUGUAAAAAUAUGUGCGUGUGGGCACCUGGCUUCUCGUGUCCCGAUCUGCGUCUGGAAUCUGCAACAAUAAAGUGGCUGGACGCCACCUGGCCAUGCUGAGAGAUCUUGCUCUUCACGUGUGCAUCUCAAGGGAAUAGCUGGAACGCACACGGAGAGAUGAAGCCUUGCCCUCAGCAGCGCCGACAAGCCUCCUAUACACAAAAUUAACAACAAACAGAAAAAGCGAAACCCAUUGUUUUAAACACUUUCUACAAAGAAAAUAACAAGCAAAACCCAUUGUUUCAAACACUUUCUACAAAAAACAAGCAAAACUCAUUGUUUCCAACACUUUCUACUUGUGUUUCAACAGGCGCUAAACACAAAAGCAGAUUUAAUAAGAAACUGCAGCUAUCCGCUCUUGAAGUUCAUAGGUACCUUAGAGUCUGGUUUACAACCUGGGAUUAUAUAAGGACGUAGACACAUGCUUCCUUUAGCACUUUCUUUCUCAAAUCUAAACAAGCAAUUAAAUAGAUGCAAGGGAAGAUGUAGAAUUAACUCUUUAAAAAAAAAAACUGAUUUAUAUG